CUCAAACUCUCGAUUUCUGCACAUUUCUCCUCAUCACAUCGUAUCCUUUUUCCUUCUUUCUCCUUCUGCUUCUUCCUUCUUCGUUUCCGCAUCCUCCAAAUCUCUUGCUGAACUGAGCAGAGGAAGCAAGGCAAAAUGGUGGCCGCCAAGCCGAAGGUAUCCUACGAGGAGUGCCGCCGCAAGAGGCUGGAGGAGAACAAGAAGCGAAUGGAGGCCCUCAAUCUCCCCCAGCUCUCUCAAUCCCUCCGCAACUCCUGCUCUCCCAACUCCACCCCUAUGAAGCAGUCCAAGCCACGCACGGUGGAGAAGCGGGUGGUGGUGGUGAGGAGGUCCGGUCGCGUCGCGAACAAGCCCGCCCCCGUUUACAGAGAGGUGGUGAUUGAUCGGGUGGCAGUGCCCAGAAGGAUUUACAGGAGGAGGGAUCCGCUCAACCUGGUGUAUGCCUCUGCUGAGGCCAGGGAAUAUGCAAUAGAGAAGGCGGAGGAAUUGCAGUCCACUCUGGGACCUCACUAUCCCACCUUAGUCAAAGCCAUGCUCCCAUCUCAUGUCUCUGGUGGUUUUUGGCUGGGCCUUCCCGUCCACUUUUGCAAGACGAGCCUUCCUAAGAAUGACGGGGUCAUCACAUUGGUCGACGAAGAUGGUGAAGAAUUCCCUACGAUAUAUUUGGCGCGGAAGACGGGACUCAGCGGAGGAUGGAAAGGGUUCUCUGUAGCUCAUGAGCUAACUGAUGGAGAUGCUGUAGUUUUCCAGUUAAUUAAACCAACCACAAUGAAGGUUUACAUCAUACGAGUGAAUGGAUUCGACAAGAGUGAGGAGCCCUAGGUAGAUUAGUAGCAUGGUUGCUCUGCAGUCGGAUUUUGGACAUAUAAUGGUUGCACGGUGCAUUGAAAGGUCAUCCUGGGCUAUGAGAUUUGGCCAUUGGGUUGCUCCCGAUUUGGUCACAGGAGGCGAAAUGUAACUUAAUCUAGAGAUAGAUUCCAAUCGAUUAGAUUAGCUAGUGAAUCUGCGGUGCUGUAGGUCUGUUUCUUGCUUGUAAUUAAUUGAUCAUACUAGUGCUAUGCUUGGCGGUUGUCUAGUCUAUCUGCAGUUCAGCAAGAAACGGUUAAAAACACUCAAUGCAGCAGCAGUUCUGCAUC